UAAAUAACAAGCCAAACCUGCGAUUUUAUUCAUUCAAAACUGCGAGCAAUACAUACAUAUAUACGUAUAUAUAUAUAUAUAUAUAUAUACUCUAUAUUUUCGACCCAUCGUUUUAGCCAGAACCAAGCCGCGAAAAUACUUCCCAAACCUUCCCCUUCGUGAUACGAAUCCAACGGAAAAAGAAUCGUCGAAAACGGUCGUGAAACGAGGGAGAAAAGCCUCGCCGGAGUUUCGCCGGAGAAAAAACAUUUCGACGAAAAACGGAGAAAAGGGAGGAGCUGCCGCCGCCGCCGGACCACCACUGACCUUCGCCGCCCUGCUACCACCAUUUUCGGCCGUUCUCUCGUCCAAACGGAGUGAUUGUCUAGAGACCGGAUUAGAAGAGGAUAACUAGGAGCAUCAGGACUUAAGGUGAUGAGUUGGAUACCUAUGUGGAUUGACGGAUUGCUCGAGCUUGAGUGCGAAUUAGAAGAUGCCUUAGUUAAAUCUAGUCAUAAAACAAACAUUUACUUAUUAUUACAUUAGUUUUUAUUGUUUUACUUUGAGUUGCCUGUGCAUUCGGUUAAGAGAUGACCGAAUGUGGCGGUAACACUCAUUUCCCUUUUAGACUUCCGCUGUAUUUCUUCAACUCUUUAAUGAAUGAAUAAAGUAUUUCUUUUAAAAUAUAUCAAUGUUUUGGGCGGGAAAUUCAGGGGUGUUACAGUCCUUCUCUCUAUUCUUAUGUAACUUCAGCUUAGACUAGAGGCUAGGUGCUCGGUUCAGUAGGGUGUGUUGUAAUUGUUCUAAGUAGGGGUGUUCACCGGUCCAAAACCGGACCGAAUCGGACCAGACCGGAACCGGAAUCAUAAAUUUAUGAGGACCGAAGAUCGGACCUAUUAUUAACCGGUCCAGACCGACCCGGACCUGAAUAUUCCGGUCUGGUCCGGUUUUGACCCUAAUUGACCCAAUUUUUAAAACAAAGACAUAAUAUCAUAGACUUUUAUUUCGAACAAUAAUCCGGUGUGCAAAUGUGUGUAGUAAAUUUUUAAUUCGUAUAUCAAUAUCUCUAAAAUCUUAUGAGAGUGAAUAUUGUUAACAGUAUAUUGGUCAUAAAAAAUGUGUUGGUGUCUGUUGCUGCGUAAAGUCAUUGUACAUCAUUUAUGGUUUUUUGUACAUUUAAACUUAUUAUUGCAGCUUGUGCUUUAACGGAGAAGUGGCUUCCGUUAACUAAGGUUCCCUUUCGCUCAUUUGCGUCAUUUAACGUAUCCUUUCACCUCCCCUCUUCUAUGUUCAAGCACAUCAACCUAUUUCCCCCGCCUCUUCGGUUACUUCGAAUACAAUACGACAGAUGGAUGGCUAACAACCACGCAUGUGAGACUCCGGCUGGCCUCGAUUGUGCGGCGACAGGUGGAGGGAAAGAAGCAUUGUGCAGCCCUCUGCAUCAUUUAAUUUGCGAGUCCAAUGGGGCGAUUGUGGAACUAGAGGCGCCACCCAUUGCAAAAAGAAAUUAAUCGGCACUUGGUUGUCUUCCCCCAUAAGUAGUUUAGCAUUUCUAAUUUGAAAAUCUUGUUCUUAACUUUAUUUGCAUUCUGAUUGUUAAAAGCUUCGUCAAUUUGUGUAUUUCGCAAGGAUUUAUCCUCUUUAUAUUAGGAUUAGCUUUCAUUUUAUUUAACAUAUAUAGGAGGUUGAUUUUCAUUAAAAAAUAUGAAUGUGUGUGUGUUUUCAAAUGAAUCUCUUACUUCGCUGCUCUAAGUUUACGAAUUUAAUAUUGAAAUUGAUGAUCUAGAUUCCCAAUUCAAUAUGCUUAUUAAAAUAUAACUGUGUGUGCUCGUCGUAGUUCGGAAAUGGUUUUUAAAGUUUAAGUGAAAGGAUGAGAGUGAGCAUAUUAGAUAAUCUCUCUGUUCUAUAUUUUUUAGCACCUUAUCAUUAAUUAUGUUUUAUUAGAGGAUAUUGUUGUUCAAAGAGAAUAACUUUUUAGCAAUCAUUUAUCUUGUUCAUUUUCUUGAGUUUUUUUAUUUGCUAGCCACCAUAAAAUGAGAAGAACUGGACUCUCUGUAGGUUAUGGAGGUUAUGUUUGAUUUGAACCAUGCAUAUUUCGAAAAUUGAAGUAUUUUUCAUGUUUAGAAACUUCAACUUGAAACAAAGAUGCAAUUGUUAUUAAUCUUUAUUUUGUUUUAUAUAGUUUAGCUAUUAUAUUUGAUUUACCGGUGCAUGUGUAUAUCGGUGUAUGCUUGCUUAAUUCUUCCCUGUUACAAAAUUUACACUUGUUUAAAGUUAUUAUUUUGAGGUCUUCCUAUGGAGGAAUUACAUAUGCUUUGAACCAAAACAUGAGCCCUCAUCUGCUAGCGUAUAUCACCAACGAAAUGUACCAUUCAGUUGUGUGAUGCUUUUCAAAUGUGUAUAUAUUAUGAACGCCUCAUACUUUUGAACCGAAAAGUAUUUUUCUAAAUGCAUGUCGUAUUUUCUUAUAAUACGUUAACUCAUUCACUUGUUAAUGCAUAGCAGACACCCCACAACUCUUUUUAUCAUGAUAUUGCUCAAAGCUUUCAUGGUUUUAGGUACAUGUUCAUAUACCAAAUUCCAUUCAUCAUUUGCUGCAUAAAAAAAAGAAAGGAAUGUAGCCUGCACACUUCAACUCAAUCUCGAAGGGGCAAAGGUGGUGACUGGUGAUGACAUAAAGCUUUUUGCAUAUUCUGUCAAGAAGUUUACGAAAUUUUCUCGACAUGACAUUUGUCCAGCACCUCAGAGACCAUCUGUACAGUUUGUGACCAACACGAUUUUCAACACUACUUCUUUUCUCUUGAUCCAGGCUUCAUACUUGAUAGAUAUAUUUUGUGUUGGUGCGAGAAACUGUGUUAUUAGUAACAGUGCAUCGAUCUAACCCUUCUGGAGGGGGUGCAAAAAUAGACCUGGUUGCCCGAAUCAAGUGCAGGGCUUCUAGGAAGAUUACAUGUAGUACACUUUCUCAUUUUGGUGAAUUUCUAGCUUAUUCUGGUCAUGUCAAGCCCAGCCUUUUGGGAACAUAACCACACUGAAAGUGGCAAAGUUCCUUGGAAUGUGGAUCAAAGGCAGUUUCCUUUAGAUUUACCCUUUGCUCGUCCAUUGUUUUCAGCCUUGAGCCCUUGAUUCUUCACAAUUUAAGCUCCAGUUUUAUUUCGAUAUAGCGUUAGAUCAACAUUUAUAGUACAGAAGAGUUUGCACUCUUUAUUUUCAUUGAUAUGUUAUGGAGUUUUCUACUUUUCUUGAAUGUGCCAUGAUGACAUGAGGUACAUAACAUGAAGUUAUCA